UGAAUCCCCAGAAUAAGAUGCACCUGGAUCCUUUUAUAUAAAUACCUCAAACAGCAGGAAGCUGAGUCUCAGGAGAGGUACCUGUGUGUUGUAUUUGCUUGAAGCUUCAGGUGUAACAAUGAAACCCACUGUAAGAAAAAUGAGAUCUGCUGGCAACAAAAUGACCCAGAGUGCUCUGGGAAAGGGAAAAGGAAAAUCUAAGGGUCGUUACUCCAGCUUCAUAUACAGGGUUUUUAAACAGGAUCAACCACACACCAGCUUCCCUUCUCUAUCAAAGGAGACAACUGCCAAAGAGACCUGUUUUUAUAUAGCAGAUGAGGCUGCCAGGCUUUCCCUCUACAAUAAGAGGAAAACUAUCACCUGCCAGGAGAUCCAGUUUGCAGCAAAGCUCCUUCAGGCUGUUUGUCCUGUCUAGAUGCAAUGAGUCAGACCAUUAAUGUAUGUUUGUGCUUAAUAGUUUUAAUAUGAGUAAUAAAUACCUUUUUUAUCUUA